AUGAACACUAGUGCAAUCAAAAUAUGUAACAAUACAAUAACUUCUCCAUACUGUGCAGAAUGUUACCUAAUUAAAGUUUAUAUUUGGUAUAUGCAACAUCAUUUCACUUGUUUUGAAUCGUUGACCUUGUCGUUUAGAGUUGUUGAUAAAGUAACGUCAAAUAUUGCUAAGGGAAUAGGAGCACAGCAGCGCUGUGGCGAGGCUAACAAUAUUCAAUUU